CGACGCGACUUUAGAAGCCGUUUUGGAAACUUUGACGCGACUUAAUUAAGAAGUUGUCGAACUUGAACUUGAACUUGAACUUGGUGCUAACAAAGAUAUCGCUCCACCCUAUCAUCUUACCAGUCGCCUAACACUUUUAACCGUUGCUACAAUGCUUUGCUUCCGUAAAGUACCCUGAGAUAAUGGAUUCUUCUUCCCCGACGCCAGAUAAGCCGUUUGAUCCCUCUAAGCCUUUUGGGGGGCUCGUUCUUUGCUGCACAAGUAUCGAGGCAGACCUACGUACAGAAAUUGCCCAGCGAACUAUCGAUCUAGGCGGCAUCCAUAAGUACGACCUUACUCCAGAUGUAACCCAUCUUAUCGUCGGAGACUACGACACAGCUAAAUAUCGCCAUGUCGCAAGGGAGAGGCCUGACAUCAAGCCUAUGGCGGCCGGCUGGAUCGAUGCUGUGCGGGGGCUGUGGCUGGAAGACAAGGACUUCGACUUUACCGCCUUGGAGGAGGAGUGGAGGCUAAAGACUUUCGAAACAGGCGGUGGUAUCCCUAAAAGUCCGAUCGAGGAGCAAAGAGAAAAGACAAGACUGAUAUGCUGCUUAACCGGAUUCGAGGAUAAUGAUACGCGUGUCAUGAUAGAGGAUAAGGUUAGAGCGAACGGCGGCGAUUAUAUUGGUGAUCUUUCUCGGCGCGUUACCCAUCUUAUCGUCUGCAAACCUGAAGGGAAGAAGUACGUCGCCGCGCGGAAGUGGGGGAUAAGAACCGUCUCUAUCGAGUGGCUACACGACAGCAUCGAGCGAGGUAUGAUACUUAACGAGGAGUGCUACGACCCGACAUUGCCUGCGGAAGAACGGGGCAAGGGGGCUUGGAUAAGAAGGGAGCUUAAACGAGGAGCCUCUCUGGGUAAGAGGAUGCGUGACGGCGUGACUGCUCCUCCGGGAGACGAGAGUAGGAGGAAGCUCAGGAAGACUGCGAGUAUGAAGCUCACUAGCCAAAGAGAUAAUCUUUGGGGUGACAUUCUCGUUGGCCAAUCGUCGACCGAUCUAUCUAAGUCAGCUGCCACCAUGACGAGUGAGCGUCCGGCCAGCGUGCCCCCUAUUCUUGCGGCCGACUUGACGGGUCCUACCGUUGGAGACCAACAGUUAUCCAACAGUCACAUUCAGCCUCUUGAUAGCGGCGUAUUCUCCUCGUGUCGCUUUUAUGUCCACGGUUUCCCUCGGAGCAAACAGGAAGUUGUACGCCAUCAUAUCUCAUCUCAUGAUGGGCAGAUCUCAGAGUCUGUCGAGGAUGCCGCUUCAACUCGUCAUAGUGAGCCACCAGAUCGGCGUUAUCUCAUCGUGCCCCAAACCUCGCAACCCGAUACUCACCCUCAAAUUCCGGAAGGAAUGCACAUCGUUACCGAAUUCUAUAUUGAGCGAUGUGUCCAUAAUAAGAUCCUUUUUAAGCCGCGUGAACACGUGCUUGGACAACCUUUCCCGCGGUUUCCUAUUGAGGAUUUCCGUGAUUUAAUGAUAUGCACGUCCGGGUUUAGGAACGAGCAAUUAAACCAGGUGGAAAAAGCCAUUGUUCAACUUGGCGCCAAAUAUUCAGAGCGAUUAAACGCCCGAUGUUCGAUACUAGUCUGCCCUUCUCUUGACGGCGUGAGGAAACAGAAGCUGGAUUUUGCCGUGCUGUCCAAGAUCCCCGUGGUCGAUGCUGACUGGCUUUGGCAAUGCAUUACUACGGGUUGUUUAGUACCAUGGGAUAAAUUCUUAUUCACAUCACUCGCUCAGCAGGUCGUUAUGUCGCGCGACGCGCCUGCGAAUAUGGCGAAGGGUAACUUUCUGGGAUCAAAAUCGGACUUCAGGUCUAAGAACGAAUUCAAGUCAAAUCAUCCAGCACCAGCGAUAAAAAGUGGCAUCGAUACGACAGCUUUCGAUGACGAUAUCCCAAUGCCUGAGGAGGCGAUAGCUCAGGAGCAGAAAACAGGCGAAUCCAAAUUCGAAACGGCACCUACUCAUCAAACAGAAGGUACAGAUCUUGAGCCUAUAACUACCACUACGGCGCUCUCGGAGUUGACCUCGAACGCACUUAACAAGUCACCGUCACCACAGAAGGCUACACCGGUACCGCGCAAGUUGAAACGCUUCCCAACCGGAGGUGAAGUAAGCGACUCCGAAAGCGGAGAAGAUUCUGAUGCUUCCGUUACCCACCUGCAAGAGCACCAAGAUACAGGAAAGGAUGAGGAGGAAGAACAGAAGCGACAGGCUGAACGGGCAAAAGCAGCAGAGCGCGAAGAGAUGUCCAAACGAUUAAACUCUCUUAUGGCUCGCGACGGAACGGCUCAAGAGAGCGACGGUAUAAAGCCGCAACCAGCACCGCGACAGCAGCGACGGAGGCGAGAGAUCUUUGGUCGUGCGGCGAGUAAUGUGUCGACGGCGUCAAGCACAAGUGUGGAAUCGUUAACACAUAUGAGCAGUUCUAGAUCUAAUCUCAGAAGAGCCGAGUCUUCAGCAUCACGCUUAGACUCGAUGCAGGGUACAAAUACUUUCGGGUUUCUAGACAAGGUGAUUAUGCAGGAGGGCGGAAACAGCAGCCUUGGGGCAGAGAAUGGUGAUAGCCCGCCUCGGGCCACGCAGCUGGAGUAUGACAACCCCGAAGCCCGGCAGCAUCGGGCGGCUGUUGUGGGUCGGAUGAUGGCGGAUAGCAAGCAGAGCGAUAUAAAUGGCAACGUGCAGAGCCAGAGGAAAGAUCAUUUAGUGCUCGCAAAGGAAGAUGGCAAGUUAGACGGUAAUGCGCAAAAGCCUUUAGCAAAAAGGACUACUAGGCGCCGGUGAUCUUGUUCAUACUCGGAUCGAAUAGCGAGGGUCAGGAUUAAUCGAUUUGAAAGAAAUCGCCUGCAGUUAUAAACCUCUCAGCAAGACAUGAGCAUCGCCGGAUGAGGGUUGGAUACGGACUUAACAUUAGCAUAUUCGUGACGGUAGUGCGUUCUAGAGCAAGAGCGCAUCUACGCGGAAUGCCAUGCUGUGCCUAUUUUAGAGUAGCAGCAAAGUGAAUGUAAAUGAAUUUGAUGUCGA